AUGCGUGGUGUCAAGAAUAAAGUAAAACCAAAAUUACAGUUCAAAGUAUCACGCAAAAAACUAUGCCGAGCUUUGCAAAGACUGCAAAAGUUGCGGUCAGUAACAACAACAAACGAAAGAAACAUUCCUAGGCUGCAUGGUACGGUAAAUAAACAACUGAACACGCACGCAUAUGUGCAACCCAUCGGAUGGAAGCAGAACUGGAUGGAAAUUUUUAAAACAUCCAUCACAAAGCACGAUUGGGAUAUUUUUAUCAGAACCCUCCGUCUAGCGUCUCAAAAUUAUAAGUUUUGUGGACUAGAUAACGUUUUAAGGAAUUCCUUCUUCGGCACGCUCACACAUCCAAUGUACAGCGAUCAAAAGACAUUACGUUUAUUAUUGUACACUAUUGCGCCUUGUCGUAAUGAGCAUGAUAUCGAAUUUUGUAUUGAAACCAUUUCACGGGUGUUCAAUAGUGGACGCGAUCCAAUAAAUAUUGGCAACUAA